CGUCUCCGAUCCUCGGUCUUUUGCCAUGUCGAGAGUGGACACGAUGACUCCAAGGUCGAAGAUCCAUCUCGGCCCGCUUGGGUAAUCCAGGAAUGGGAAAGCCGUUCGAUUGGUUGAGGCUACUAUCGGACUAACAAGUCGUGCUUUGUCUCGAUCGACCGCCUUUCUUGUGUCCCAUUCCAAAUUUCUUCAACCCGCCUCUUCUCUCCUUCAAUCUGAUUUCUCCAUGCUCUAUCUCGUGCGCUUCUCUAUGAUCUCGUCUGUCUCGUCUCACCAAUUAUCCCACCGGUCCGAGAAAAUCAUCUCUCCUCCCGUAGAGACACUAGAGAUCAAACUUCCGAAGGCUUAUCCAUCACCAUGACGUGUGAAACGCCCUGCGCCGAUUGCUCUUCGGCGUGCGCCGAGCGGCCCCUUGUCGACAUCGAAGACUACAAGGCCGAGCUGUCCAAGUUGCGCGCUCGGUCUAAGGCGCUGGAAGAACAGUUAUCAGAGCUCACCGUCGAAUCUUCCGAUAGUGGCAAGGGCAAGGGCAAGGGCAAGGGCAAGAGCGAGGGCAAGGGCAAGAGCGAGGGCAAGAGCGAGGGCGAGGGCGAGGGCAAAGGCAGGAGGUUAAGGUCCGCAGAAUGGUUCAACCGGACCGACGAACGAGGUCUGCAUUUGGUCUAUAUGGAUCGUUACCUCAACUACGGCCUCACCAAGGAAGAACUGUCCUCGAAUAAACCCAUAAUCGGAAUCGCCCAAUCUGGCUCCGACGUCUCCCCUUGCAACAGGCAUCACCUCGAACUGGCCAAGCGCGUACGGGAGGGUAUCAGGACGGCCGGUGGCAUCGCCCUCGAGUUCCCCACCCAUCCCAUUCAGGAGACCACGCGCCGACCCACCGCCACCCUUGACCGCAAUCUGUCCUACCUCACACUGGUCGAGCUCCUCUACGCUUAUCCAUUCGAUGGCGUCGUGCUGCUGACCGGAUGCGAUAAGACCACGCCGGCCUGCCUGAUGGCCGCCGCCACCAUGAACAUCCCUGCUAUCUGCCUCAACGUCGGGCCCAUGCUGAACGGCUCGCUCCAAGGCGAAAGAGUGGGGUCCGGCACUAUUAUCUGGCGCGCCCGGGACCUGUACACCGCCGGUCAGAUCGAUGCCGACGAGCUGACCGACAUGGUUUGCAGUGGCACCCCAUCUCCAGGCCACUGCAAUACUAUGGGCACUGCUUCCACCAUGAACGCCCUCGCCGAGGCCCUGGGAAUGGCCCUGCCGGGGUCCGCCGCCAUCCCGGCCCCUUACCGCGAGCGCUCCCAGAUGGCCUACCACACCGGCCUGCGGAUCGUCGACAUGGUCCGCGAGGAUCUUAAGCCCUCCGACAUCAUGACCCGCGCCGCCUUCGAGAACGCCAUUGUCGUCAACACUGCCAUCGGCGGCAGCACCAACGCCCCGAUCCACCUCAACGCCGUCGCUAAGCACGUGGGCGUGCCGCUGGACCUCGAUGACUGGGACAGGCUGGGCUACGCCAUCCCCCUGCUCGUCAACAUGCAGCCCGCCGGAGAGAUGCUUAGCGAGGACUACUACCGCGCCGGCGGCCUGCUCGCCGUCAUGGCCGACCUCCUCGAUGCCGGCAAGCUACCCCACCCGGAAGCCGUGACCUGCAACGGCCGCACCAUCGGCGACAAUGUCCGGGGCAAGCACACCUGGGACCGCCGCACCAUCAAGCCGUUCUCCGAACCCAUGAAGGAGAACGCCGGCUUUAUCCAUCUGAAGGGCACGCUGUUCGACUCGGCCAUCAUGAAGACCUCGGUCAUCUCGCCCGCGUUCCGCAAAGAGUUCCUCCAAGAUCCGGCCGACCCCAACGCCUUUGAAUGUCCCGUGGCCGUAUUUGACGGCCCGGAGGACUACCAGGACCGCGUCGAGAAGGCCGCCAUCGGCCGCCGCACCAUCCUCAUCAUGCGCGGCGUAGGGCCCCUGGGGUAUCCCGGAGCCGCCGAGGUCGUCAACAUGCACGCGCCUAGCCACCUCCUCAAGCGAGGGGUGCGGGACCUCCCCUGCAUCGGCGACGGUCGCCAGUCCGGCACCUCGGGCUCGCCUUCCAUCCUCAACGCCACCCCCGAAGCGGCCGACGGGGGGAACCUCGCCCUCGUCCGCGACGGCGAUAGGGUGAGGGUUGACCUCGACAAGCGGAGAGUCGACAUCCUCCUUCCCGAGAACGAGCUCAAGGCCCGGCGGAAGGAGCUGGAGGCCAAGGGAGGCUACCAAAUCCCUCCGAGUCACACCCCUUGGCAGGACAUCUUCCGCAGGGAGGUCGGUGGGUUGAGCGAGGGCAUGGUUUUGAAAAGAGCUGUGCAGUUCCAGAGGGUGGCUCAGAACUUUCCCGCUCCGAGAGAUAAUCAUUAGGCUUGUUUCUGUUCGAGUAUGGCACUGCACUGGGUUGGGUUGGGUUGGGUUGGGUUGGUUAGGCUGGAGUUUUUUCUUCUUUUUUUCUUUUUCGUUUUCGUUUCUUUUUCGUUUCUUUUUUUUUUCUUUUCUUUUUUUCUUCUAGAAAAUAGGACGGAUACGGACGGGGAUGGGAACGAGCAAGGGAUCUUGGGUGGCUAGAAGCGGUGUCUGCCGAGUCGAUUUAGAAUAAUUUUCUUGGGUUGUCUCCUGGUUUCUCUACCUUAAGAUACCUACAUCAUUGUCGUGGCCAGAAAAUAGAAUACGUACUACUGAU